CGCGAAGCUCGGCGGCGAUCCGUUGCCGCGGCCCAGACAUACGACAUUCCAGACAGUUGGGAAAACCUCGAUGAGUUGGCGGUAACAAGCCCCGUCGAAAACGUCAGCGAAGCGGCCAUAUACAGACAUCGCAGUCUAGAGCAAGUACGGAGUCGAGACCGUGAAGAGCGCCAGUCGCGACGGGCCAGUGUGGCAGAAUCACUGCGCCAACCUACCGGGGAACUGACCGAUGUCGAAGCCGUCGAUGAAAAGGAGGAGGAACACCACGUCUCAAGACUGGCAACCCAGAUCUACACAAUAUCCUACCUCGUCUUCUUUGCCAUCUGGGGCACUCUUGCGCGUGUGGGAUUGAGCGCCCUGACCUCGUACGCAGGCGAACCUGUCAUCUUCAACGUGCUAUGGGCCAAUUUCGGCGGCAGCCUCAUCAUGGGCUUUCUCUCCGAAGAUCGGAUGCUGUUCCGCUUCGAAUGGGGGACGCCUUCAUAUGACCAAUUGCUUGCGCGUGCAAAAGAGAAUGAAAAUGGCGAGGCGAGCUCAGGGCAGGGCGACCAAAUCAUUGAUCUGGCGGCAGCCAAGAAGGCCCAUCUGGCAACGAAAAAGACCAUUCCCCUCUACAUCGGCCUGGCUACCGGUUUUUGCGGUAGUUUCACCAGCUUUUCAAGCUUCAUCCGCGACAUUUUCCUCGCCUUGUCCAACGAGAUGGUCACUCCCGGUCUAGGAAUACCAGGCAGAAACGGCGGAUACUCUUUCAUGGCCCUCUUAGCCGUGACACUCACGACAAUCUCCCUCUCACUAUCAGGAUUAAUCGUCGGGGCGCACCUAGCCAUCGCUUUGGAACGAUUCACUCCAUCCAUUCCAUACCCCGUAACCCGCAAGAUCCUCGAUCCUCUCGGCGUCUUCCUCGGCUGGGGUUGCUGGCUCGGCGCAAUCCUCAUGGCAAUCUUUCCCCCACACAACAAAUGGCGCGGCGAGAUCCUCUUCGCCCUCAUCUUUGCACCCCUGGGAUGCCUCGCCCGCUUCUACCUCGCCAUCUACCUCAACGGCAAAAUCGCCUCCUUCCCCCUAGGAACGUUUGCCGCCAAUAUCGCCGGCACCGCUGUAAUGGGCAUGUCGUGGGAUAUCGCUCACGCCCGCAUAGGGGGACUCGCAGGGUGCCAGGUGCUUCAGGGCAUCGAGGACGGCUUCUGCGGAUGUCUGACAACCAUCUCGACGUGGGUUGCUGAGCUGAGCAGCCUUGGACGACGCCACUCGUAUAUAUACGGCUUUAGCAGCGUGGCGGUCGCUCUGGCAGUAAUGAUUGCCAUCAUGGGAGGCCUUCGAUGGAGCGAUGGCUUCAGCGCUUUGGUCUGCGUUUCCUGA